AAGAACUUGCCUUCUAACCCACCCGUUUCUCACGCUUCUUACCCCAACCCCAAAACCCCACCACCUUCAAACCUCCUCUCUCUCUGUUCCUUCCCACUUCGCAAUGUACUUCCUUUCCCCAUUCCCAAUCCCACCAGACAUCUAGAAAUGUACUCCGCCGUUGCACAACCACCUCCGCCGCUUUCUCCCGUCGACACCCUUCACCAAACCACCACCCUCCUCUCCACAAUACUCCCGGCGUCGUCCUCCGUCAACUCCUUCACCUCCCGUUGGCAAGUUAUCCGUUCAAAGCUUGUCGUUCUCAGCUCUUCAUUAUCAAGCAUUUCCGAUUCGACUCACUGGUCGGAAAAUCAUAUCCUCCAGACGUUACUCCCGGACCUUUUAUCCACCCUCCGCCGUAUCCAAACCCUAUGCGACCAAUGCACCGAUUUCAGUUACAAAGCUGGGAAGCUCCUUAUGCAGAGUGACCUCGACAUGGCGACCGGUUGGCUAUCUAAGCAGCUUCAAGACCUUGAUUUGCUCAUCCGCUCCGGCGUCCUCUGUCAUUCAACUGCGAUUGUUCUCUCUCAACCCGCACCUGGAUCUUCUUCAGAAGAUUUAGGUUUUUUCGUUAGAGACGUUUUCACUAGAUUGCAGAUUGGGGGAGUGGAGUUUAAGAGAAAGGCAAUGGAAUGUCUUGUGCAAUUACUUAUCGAAGAUGAAAAGGCUGUUAAAGUAGUUGCGAAUGAAGGUAAUAUAAGGUAUUUGAUUCAGCUUCUUGAUGUUAACGAUCUUAGUGAACAAGCGGUGUCUGCUGUAUCGAUUCUCGCCUGCGCAAGCGAAGAAUCUCGAAAAACGGUUUUCGAGGAAGGUGGAUUAGGGCCGUUGUUGAGGAUUCUGGAAUAUGGUUCUGUUCAAUUGAAAGAAAAGGCGUCUAUUGCCGUUGAAGCAAUCACCGGCGAUGUUGAUAAUGCGUGGGCUAUUACGGCGUACGGCGGUGUUCCGAUACUACUUGAUGUCUGUAGAUCUGGAUCGUUAACUGCGCAAUCACACGCAAUCGGCGCUAUUAUGAACGUCGCGUCGGUUGAAGACGUUCGUGUUUAUUUAUGCGAAGAAUCUGCGGUUGCGGUGAUGGUUCAGCUACUUGUUUCCGGCUGCGCCGCUUCACAAGAAAAAUCGGCUCACUGUAUUGCGAUUGUCGCUUCAUCGAGCAAGUAUUUCAGGAGCUUGUUGAUACAAGAGAAAGGAUUGGAAAGCCUUUUACAUUUGCUUCACAGAUCAUCAAAUCCAGAUACAUUAGAGUACGUAUUACGUUCAAUUCACUCACUCUCCACUUCCGAUUCUGUUUCCCGAUUGUUAUCCGCAUCAUCGAUUUUCAUAACACAAAUCGCCGAAUUCAUCGAGCAAGGAAAUCCAACUCUACAACAAAUAUCAACUUCAAUACUAGCUAAUUUAUGUAUUACCGAUUCUAACAAGCGUGGAAUCGUCGGAUGCAUGGGACCUCUGGUAAAACUUAUGGAAUCGGCUAAACCGGUAGGGUUACAAGAGGCAGCAAUGCAAGCAUUAACUUCUCUGUUGUCGGUGAAACAAAAUCGAAGCUUUUUUGCGAGAGAUGAGAAGAGCAUGAUGAGGCUAGUUCAUAUGUUGGAUCCGUUGACCGAAUCGGUUCCGAAAAAGUUUCCGGUGGCGGUUGUUUAUACAUUGAUGACCGACGGAAGCAACACCUGCCGGCGGAAGCUAAUGGAAGCCGGUGCCAACAGUUACUUGCAGCGGCUGAGUGAAACGGAGGUCGUCGGAGCUAAGAAAGCGUUACAGAGACUUUCCGGUAGCCGGCUGAAGAGUAUUUUCAACAGAAGUUGGAAAGAGUAGAAACCUAAAUCGAACUUCCUCCCAAGGGGCUUAUUUGGACUCAUCUAGCUCUUGCGGAAGUUCACACGGUAACAAAUCACAGUUAACUAGUUAUACACAUGGGUGAAUAUCUACCUUAAAUAUACAUUUAUAGUAUUAUACUACUACAUGUAUUUUAAUAGAAUAAAAAAUAUAUAAAAUGUAAAUUUUAGUCAAGAGUUUUAGAUAGGAUAUUCAUUUUUCAUUUUUUUGGAAGAGGGUUGUUACUUCUUUUGUACUUUAAUAAUGAUUAACUUGUUCUAGAUGA